AUGAGCAUACUCAAAGUUUUAACCACGCCCCAGGAACAUGCAUGGCCAAAUCCUGGUCCUCCUGGAGCUCCUGGCUGUCCGUCGGAUCCAGCGUUUCCUGGGGCUCCAUCUUGUCCGGCUGGUCCAGCUGGUCCUGGUUGUCCGUCUUGUCCUGGGGCUCCGUCUUGUCCGGCUGGUCCAGCUGGUCCAGCGUUUCCUGGGGCUCCUGGUCCUCCUGGGGCUCCGGAUCCGCGUUGUCCGUCUUGUCCUGGGGCUCCUGGUUGUCCAUCGGAUCCUGGGGUUCCGUCUUGUCCGUUGUCUCCUGGGGCUCCUGGUUGUCCGUCGGCUCCUGGGUUUCCAGCGGCUCCUGGGUUUCCUGGUUGUCCGUCUGGUCCGGCUGGUCCUGCUGGUCCGGCUGGUCCGGCUGGUCCGGCUGGUCCUUCUGGGCACUUGACGCAGUCUUGGGAGACUGGAGCGCAGAGGGAUGGGAUGGUGAAAAGAACGACGAGAACGGCGAUGGAGGCAGCUCCGGUUGAGAGGGUUACAAGAAUCUUCUCCAUGACUGAAAGCCUUGGUGCCUUCUACGGCGCUACCCUUCCCUUUUAUACCACCCAAAUCAUUUCUGCCACCGGUAGUAGUGUCUCUCCAAUCUACACAGUCUCUUGUCGAAUUCCAUAG